CAUUUGGAGAAAUGAAGCUUCGGCUCUGCCCUCGGUGGCUCAGCCACCGGUUUCAGCGCCAGUUCAACCCCGCACCCGCACCCCGGUGCGGCACGGAUCCCACCGGGCGCAGCGCACGACCCACAAAGUCAGAAAGCCGCUGCCCGGAAAUCGCCCGCCUCCGCUCCGCUACGCUCUCACCACCUCCUCCGACGUCUGAUCGGCAUCGCCUUCGCCUCCGCUAAAAUACUCGCGGUCCACGCUCUCCUCCAAAUCCCAUCGCCACGCCUUCGCCCGCGCGCGUCUCUCCCUCCCCCACACUCCGCCACCAGCGCCGAAGCAGAGCAGCCAUGGCCGGUUACGAGCAGCGCGUCGUUGCCGUCAUCAUGGUCGGCGGCCCCACCAAAGGGACGCGGUUCCGGCCGCUGUCGCUGAACGUGCCCAAGCCGCUCUUCCCUAUCGCCGGCCAGCCCAUGGUGCACCACCCCAUCUCCGCCUGCAGCCGGAUCCCCAACCUGGCACAGAUAUACCUUAUCGGGUUCUACGACGAGCGGGAAUUCGCGCUAUAUGUCUCGUCUAUCUCCAACGAGCUCAGGAUCCCUGUCAGGUACCUGCGAGAGGAUAAGCCUCACGGGUCAGCUGGAGGGCUCUACAUCUUUAGAGAUUACAUCAUGGAAGACAGCCCGUCACACAUAGUUCUGCUUAACUGCGACGUCUGUUCUAGCUUCCCCCUUCCAGACAUGCUGGAGGCCCAUAAAAAAUAUGGAGGAAUGGGUACUUUACUAGUCAACAAGGUAUCUGCAGAGUCAGCUAACCAGUUUGGCGAGUUGGUAGCUGAUCCUGAAACAAACGAACUGCUGCACUAUACGGAAAAGCCAGAGACUUUUGUGAGUGAUCUCAUAAAUUGUGGAGUAUAUAUAUUUACCCCCAAUAUCUUUAGCGCCAUUGAGGAUGUCUUAAAACAGAAAAAAGACAGAGCAAAUUUGCGGCGUGUAUCUAGCUUUGAAGCUCUUCAUUCAGCAACCAAGGCUCUUCCACCAGACUUUGUUCGGUUAGAUCAAGACAUUUUAUCCCCUCGAGCAGGAAAGAAAGAGCUGUACACAUACCAGACACUUGAUUUUUGGGAACAGAUAAAAACCCCAGGGAUGUCUUUGAGAUGCUCUGGAUUAUAUCUUUCUCGGUUCCGCCGUACCUCUCCUCAUCUUUUAGCCUCAGGAGAUGGCAAAAGAACUGCCACUAUUGUAGGCGAUGUGUAUAUCCAUCCAUCUGCCAAGGUGCAUCCUACUUCAAAGAUUGGCCCCAAUGUUUCUAUAUCAGCAAAUGCGCGCGUUGGAGCUGGUGCCAGGCUUAUCAAUUGCAUAAUUCUAGAUGGUGUUGAAAUUAUGGAAAAUGCGGUUGUUAUACAUUCAAUUGUGGGGUGGAAGUCAUCCAUUGGAAAAUGGUCACGUGUACAGGGCGAAGGUGAUCAAAAUGCCAAACUUGGCAUUACUAUUCUUGGUGAAGCCGUUGAUGUUGAAGAUGAAGUAGUGAUAGUUAACAGCAUCGUGCUCCCAAAUAAAACUCUCAAUGUCAGUGUCCAAGAGGAGAUCAUCCUAUAAUAGCCGUCAUUUUUUGUUUUAUCCCUAAUAAGGUCUGAGUACCAAUCACAUAGUUUAAGUUUAUUCAUUCUCACCAUGUAAGCUUCUAUUAGAUUGAGAUUAUUGUUUUGGGUUUAUACCUUGCAGCAUGCCACUGCACAAUCUUGACUUGCUGUGCUACUUUGAUUAGCGAGUGUGGUGUAAAAUGUACGAACAACUAACACCCGAGCUGCUAGCUUCAGAUUAAAGCAAGCUGUUCAAACUGCCGCAGCUGUAAUCCAUAGAGACAAAACACUAUUGAAGACUUCUAGCCCACAAGUGAAAUUGGAAGUAUAAUCAAAUCCUAAUAUAAUUGUCA